GGCACUGCUGCGGGUUCCAUGCUCCGGCUAACAGGAUCGGCCGGCCGGCGCGGCCCACUAUAAGAUGGCCGGGGACGAGGAGGAGGCCCCAGUGCCACCAGCCGACGGUCCGUCCCCUGCUGCCGGCAACGCGCCCGCCGCCGCCGUCACCGCCACCGUCACCGCCGCAGAAGAAGACAUGGUUUCCUCGUUCAAGGUGUUCAAGAAGUCGUCUCCCAAUGGAAAGGUCACAGUCUACCUGGGCAAGCGAGACUUCGUGGAUCACAUUUCUUCCGUGGACCCGAUCGAUGGCGUCCUGCUGGUGGACCCGUCGUACCUGGACGGCCGUCAGGUGUACGGGCAAGUGAUCUGCUCGUUCCGCUACGGCCGUGAGGAGGAUGAGGUGAUGGGCCUCAACUUCCAGAAGGACAUCUACCUGGCCUCCGAACAGGUCUACCCUAGCGUCAACACAGACACGGCCAACAUGUCGAAACUGCAGGAGCGUCUGCUGAAGAAGCUCGGCCCGCACGCCGUGCCGUUCACGUUUCACCUGCCCCAGAACGCGCCCUCCUCGGUCACACUGCAGCCCGGCGAGACGGACCAGGGCGCGCCCUGUGGCGUCGAGUACAUCCUCAAACUGUUUGUCGGCGACUCAGAGCUGGACAGGUCACACAAAAGGGCGACUGUGGCACUGAACAUCCGGAAGGUGCAGUACUCGCCGUCCAAGGGAGGCAGACAGCCGUGUACCGUUGUCAGGAAGGACUUCAUGCUCAGCCCCGGGGAGCUCGAGCUCGAGGCCACGCUCGACAAACAGCUGUACCACCACGGCGAAAGCGUGGCGGUAAACAUCUGCAUCCGUAACCAUAGCAACAAGACGGUGAAGCGCAUCAAGUGCUCCAUCCAGCAGGGAGUCGAGGUGUGCAUCUUCUCCAAUGGCAGCUACAAGGCCACGGUGGCCAGCUUCGAGACCGAAGAGGGAUGUCCGGUUGAGCCCGGCCAGUGCCUUCAGAAGGUCAUCAUGAUGACUCCCAGCCUGGAGAACAACAACCGGCGCGGGAUCGCGCUGGACGGCAAGCUGAAGCAGCAGGACACCGGACUCGCCUCCAGCACACUGCUGGCCAACCCGGACCAGCGGGACGUGUUCGGCAUCGUCGUCUCCUACUCGGCCAAGGUGAAGCUCUUCCUCGGCGCCCUCGGAGGAGAGCUGGUGGCCGAGCUGCCCUUCGUCCUCAUGCAUCCGAAGCCGAGCGCUCAGAGGCCCCUGCAGCAUGUGGCCAGCACGGAACAGCUGGAGACGUUCCGCAGCGACAGCAUCGACCUGGCCGAGUCGGAUGCGCCGCCGGCCACCCACGGCAACGGCGCGGGGCUGACCGAGCCCCUGACUGGCCUUCGACUCCGACACUAGCCGCGCAACUGUACCGCAGCGGCGGCCAGGCGGGCUCACCCGAGAGGGAAGCAGAAGCUUGAAAAGUCAGAAGUGAAUGUUUCGCUUACAAGGAGGUUCGGUUUGUCCUUCGAGAUUUGGUGGCAGUUGUCGAAACUCGGAGUUCAAGAUCAAAAUAAAGAAGAAAAUGGCAUAUAAGAGAACAUAUUGUGCAUUUCAAUACCAAAAAGAGAAAAACAUUUUUUGCUGUGGUAUCAAGAAAGGUCUUACCGAGGACUUGGAAAGCGGUUCGACCGUAAUUGGUGCAUCAUACGGAGCCGCGGGUUCCUUCGGUGUGAUCGCGACUCGGGUGUUACUUGGUGUGAAAGCUCAUGUAUUUUGUCAGACACCUAACCAAGGACUUGGAAACGGUUAGGAUCUGCACCUGUGAUCGCCGUGUACACGCUAUCAAAACAAUAUCCCGAUGUCUUGUCUUGUACAGAUGUUACAUGCGAAGCAGCCGUUUAAUUUACCGCGACAGAGUUGUACGGUUUGAUGUCCAAAUGUAACGUGGUUUAACCUCACCAACUACCAUAUCUGUUCCGUGUUUCCCCACUUAUUCAACACGAAUUGUCGGCUAUGUCUGUAAUGAAAGCAAUUUUAACCCGGCUAGCCUGACCGGAAAAUAAUGAAUACACCCUGCAAUUGUACCAGA